GCCAAACGGUAGUGUGGGAAAUAAAUCGUAGAAGCCUUAGAAGAAAAGUUGUGAAAAAGCGCGAAAGGAAAAUAUUAAAUAAUCAUUGCAUUUUUACAACAACAAAGAAUCAGUAAACGUAAUGUGAAUGUGCAUUGUUUCGGUGCUGCAAAAUUAAUGGUAUCUUUUUCUAUGCUUUCAAAUUUGUGGCCUAAUUAACGGUAAAGCGAAUGCAAUAAGCUAAUGUGAACGGGUUUGCUCGGCCAUGAAGCGCGCGCGCGGAAACCAAUUGAAAUUAGUGCAAAUAAUUUGAAUAUUUGUUGCGUUGAAGCGCGGAAACUCGAAAUAGAGAAAUUCAACGGAAAACUGCAUUUCCUACACCAAACACCAAAAAUAUCGAAAAAUUAUAGUGCGUGAAAUUUUGAACUAUAAAAAUAGAUUAGAAAAACAUCAAAUAUUAUUAAAUAUUCACAUAACGGUAAUUCAGUUAAAGCCACAAAGUCAGUAGGUAGUGCUUGGAAGGCGCAAAUAAAAAUAGGAAGUAGCCAAAACGCAGCAAGAAAAUAAACAAAAAUUUAUAAAUAACAAAUUUUUUCACAAACAAAAAUAAAUCACUGAGCCAGCAGAAAAGUGGUGAAGGAAAGUAGCAGCCGUAGUCGCAAACAUUCGCCCACUUUGCACAAACUGCACCACCGCCUGCCAACCCACUCUUCGUCUAGCGCGUGGAUUGCGUGCCGCGCAUGCGCAGCGCUCGUUUCAGUGAUUUUGGUUUUGCAAAAUUAUUAUUUCAAGAAAAAUUUUUGCCACACUGCGUGCUAAUUUUUCACUGUUUACGCGUGCUGUUUUUGUUGUUUUUAUGUGUCUUCGAACAAAUUUUCUAUUUGUACGCACACACUCGCAUCUUUGACUUGUGCAACAGCUGUGUACAUUUUUGGGCGCGUUUGGCGCGUAGCAGAUUCAUUUUUUGCUUGUAAUAAACUUUUUUCGCGUUACACACACACACACAUACUGUAAAUAACGAGCCAAAAUAAGGCAACGACGACAAGACAACGAUGCUGAAAAGUGAAAAUACUUGUUACCGGAUUUUUGGCCUAUGGCCGUUAGCGUGCGCCUUUUUGUUGACACUACAGCUACUCGUCGGCACCGCAGAAGCCUUCACUAUACUCUCGCCAUUCAGCUACACCUCGUUGAGUUUUAAGAAUCUAUUAAAUUCAGUGCUAUUGGCGAGUAAUGCGAAUUUGGCUGGCGGUGGGCGAAAUCUCAAAUCAGACGUGCUGGAGGAUGCGUCACUGAUAACGCCGAAAUUAAUACGCAAGUACGGUUACCCAUCGGAGACGCAUACCGUUGUGACAAAAGAUGGCUACAUACUGGAGAUGCAUCGCAUACCGAAACGAGGCGCGCAGCCAGUGCUGCUGAUGCACGGAAUAUUGGACACAUCGGCCACAUGGGUGCUAAUGGGGCCCAAGUCGGGGUUGGGUUACAUGCUCUCCGAUCUGGGCUAUGAUGUUUGGAUGGGCAAUGCGCGUGGCAAUCGCUAUUCGAAAAAUCACACCAGCCUCAAUAGCGAUUACCAGGAAUUCUGGGAUUUUACCUUUCACGAAAUGGGCAAAUACGAUUUGCCUGCCAACAUUGAUUACAUCCUCAGUAAAACCGGUUACGAGCAAUUGCACUACGUGGGACACUCGCAGGGCACCGCUGUCUUUUGGGUUCUCUGUUCGGAGCAGCCUGCGUAUACGCAAAAAAUUCUAUCCAUGCACGCUUUGGCGCCGAUAGCAUUCAUUUCGGACAUGAAGAGUCCACUGUUUCGUACUUUGGUUGUGUUUUUAGAUUUCCUUACGGCGGCGACACGCAUGCUGCGCAUUACUGAAUUUAUGCCCAAUACAAAGUUGUUUGUGGACCACAGCCAGGUGGUGUGCCAUGAUAAUGCAAUGACACAGGAUGUCUGUUCGAACAUUCUAUUCCUGGUAGCCGGCUACAAUUCGGAGCAGUUAAAUAAGACAAUGCUGCCCGUCAUGCUUAGCCACACACCUUCGGGUGCAUCCAUAAAACAACUCGAGCAUUUCGGACAACUCAUGAAAUCGGGCCAUUUUCGUAAAUUCGAUCGCGGCUACUUACGCAAUCAACUCGAAUACAAUCGCAUCACGCCGCCCGAUUACGAUCUGUCCAAGGUGAAGGUGCCGGUAGCGCUCUACUAUUCGAUGAACGAUAUGCUGGUGUCGACGACGGGCGUCGAUCGUUUGGCACGCGAAUUGCCCAAUGUGAUUGACAAAUAUUUGGUGCCCAUGGAGAAGUUCAAUCAUUUGGACUUUUUAUGGGCGAUCGAUGUCAAGUCGCUCGUGUACAAUCGCCUUGUAAGGAAUAUUCGACGCGUGGAGAAUUAUAAGCAAAAGCAAACGCAACAAAUCAAUGCGAGCAUACAACAGUUGAGUGCGCAGUUGCAGCAACAGCAAAUACAACAACAGCAACAGCUUCAACAAUUACAACAACAACAGCAGCAAGUACAAGAGCAACAUGAACAACAACAGCAGCAAUUGGAGGCAAAACUUCAACAAAGGAGCUCAAAUAUGCAGUCGCGCCUAAAUAUGAACUUCCAUUCGAUUUCGAAUGCGAAUUUAAAUUCGAACACAAUUGGCAGCGCCAGUCAGCGUGUAAAUGUAAAUGUGCGCCCAUAUAGUGCGCUACAUUCUGUCUAUGCGGCGUUGCCAAAUUUCAUGCCGACGCCAGCCACUGCGACCGUGGCAAUGCCAACGCCGGCGCCGCCACCUUCAGCACCAGCACAGCCAAAUGUCGAUACGAUUUUGAUACCAAAUUUUCACACGAAUCCGCCGAUUAGCACGAAUUCGAAUGUGAAUCAAGAUUCAUCUGUGAUAAUUACGAAUAUACAUCCGGUUUAUAAACCUGAAGGGGACGGGGUUGGCGACGGGGGUGUACAUGAGAAUGUAAGUGCAGUUGAAGAUGUGAAUGGGAAUGCGAAUACGGAUGUGGAUUCCAUGUCUCAUUGGUAUAUGAAUUCGAAUUCAAAUUCGAAUACCGAAGUGAAUAUGGAGGACACUACAACUGUGCCCCUGCCCGAGCAUACGACUGUGCCAGCGAAUGCUGAAGAAGUGAAUGCGUGAAAGGCAAAGCGAUUUCCCAUAGUUUUAACUACACCUUAGUUAUCUGUAAAUGUUUUUUAAGUUUAUUUUUAGUUUUAGUGCUUUUUAUUUAUAUCUUCAAAACUUUUUCUCAUUUUUUAAUUACUAUUUUUAAUUCAUACAAUUUUUAUUUUGAAUUUUUUUGUUUUAUAAGAUUUAUGUAAAUAAUUUUCACAAAUUCCACAUAAGUUUUAAAACUAGUUUCAGGCCGAUUUUUAAUAAGUAUAUAAAAUAGGUUUCAAAAGCCACGGAAUGAAUGUUUUAAAAACCUUUAAAAAUUAAACAUUUUUUUAAUAACUUUUUAUUUGGUUAUAUUGUUUUUUCAUUAUUCUUUAAUACUUUUAAUUCUUCUAAAUAGUAUAAAAAUUAAGUAAAUGCUAAAAACUUUAACUGGAAUUAGCAAAAACUGCAUGGAAGGUUACAGAGGAUACUGAGAUAGGCACCACUAACCUGUUGCACAACAUCAGUAGCAUCCCAGCACCCAAUUUGGAGCUCCUAAUUAACGAUUUUUAGCUGCCACUGGGUAAGCAGCCAUUGCAGCUGUUCCUGGGAUUUCUAUUAUUUAAUCUCAAUUAUAUAAAAUAUUCUAAAUUUCAAACCUCGACUCGUCAAUGGCGCCUUUUUUAAUAAACAAAAAUCUACUUCGGAGUGUGGAGCUGUAAAAAAGAUUAAGAAAUAUUCUUUGUACAUCUUUUUUCCACAUUCUCAAUUCUCUUUUUUAAUUUUUGAAUAACAAAACUAUGCAGUUAGAAUUUUUUGCAUUUAUCUCCUUUUUUUUCUUGUUAAUUCGAGUUUUCUGCACUUUCUUUAAAUAGUCAAGGUAGAUACCAAUGAAGUGAAACUUUUUUCAAUUUAAUUUCAAA